AAAUUCGCCUUGCUCAUAGCUGUCAAAAAAAUUUUACGAACGUCGUUGUGGGAACGUGUGGACUAGGGUCUGUUGCAAUUUAAGCAAAAAAGGUUUUAUUCGUCUUAAAAUCAAGCUAACACAGAGAUAACAAGAUGCGUCUUACCUCAUACUUAAACGGUCAACACUUCGGCAACCUUGCCAAGAUCCACAAUAUUGUGACCUACAAGAUUUCUCCUUUCGAACAGAGAGCCUUCGCCGGUGCCAUUAAAAAUGGUGUUCCCAACAUGUUCCGCCGUAUCCGUUCUAACAUCUUCAUUGUUACACCACCUUUCAUUGUUGGCUAUUUGAUUUUCAAUUUGGUUGAGGCUCAACAUCAUCACUUGAGUCGCAAGAACCCAGCUGAGUUCGCAAAUGAUGAAUAAUUGCACUUAUAAAAGAAUAGUGUUUAGAUAAAAAUAAUAAACCAUAAUUUAAAUCACAACACA